AUGGCUUCAGAUUCACUUGUUUUCCGGUAUUUCUGGAUAUUUGGACUUAUCAAUAAUGUGUUGUAUGUGGUUAUCUUGUCAGCAGCAGCCGAUAUAGUAGGACCUGGCCUGCCUAAAGCAUUAGUUCUUCUGCUAGACAUACUGCCGGCAUUCGUCUUAAAACUCACGGCUCCGUUCUUCAUUCAUAAAUCAGCACACCGCCACAGAAUUGCGGUUUUGAUAGGUCUCAGCUGUGUGGGGAUGGUUUUGGUGGCUGGCCGCAAGCUUAGCGCGUGCGUCGCAGGAAUUAUUCUGGCGUCGUUGUCGUCAGGGUUGGGUGAACUAACUUUUCUGCAAUUGACCCAUUAUUACCAGCAACCCGGUCUCAAUGGCUGGAGUUCAGGAACAGGAGGUGCAGGCCUGUUUGGAAGUGGAAUGUACAUGUUGUUAACCUCGAUUUUGAAAGUACCCGUAAAUCUCUCGCUUCUGCUGUUCAGCGUAUUGCCAUUCGCCUUUUUACUUUAUUUCCGACUCGACAAGCAGCAGCAUAUGUAUGCCAAUGUUGAGAACGAUUACGCCUCCGCAGGGUUCGAUUUCACUUCCAGCACGACUGAGACCGAAAUGCCCGUCGAUGACUCUGCAAGUGCUCCGCAUAUUGAGCGUAACAAAUGGACUGCGAUGAAAAGCCAUGUAAGCGGAACGCUACUCAGAAUAAAAGGCCUCGUUGUUCCUUACAUGCUGCCACUGUCUGUAGUGUACCUCUUCGAGUACAUGAUCAAUCAGGGCGUAUCGCCAACGCUGUUGUUUCCGCUGGACGAGAAACACAGCCACCCGUUUUUCUUUCACAAGUACCGAGACAUAUAUGUCACCUACGGGACGUUAUAUCAGCUUGGAGUGUUCAUAUCACGUUCAAGCGGAUCGUUGCUCCAGAUCAGAAGACUCUAUAUUCUAGCCAUUUUGCAAGGCUUGAAUUUGGCUCUGGCUAUAAGUCAAUCUUGGUUCUAUGUGGUGCGCUCUGUGUAUCCAGUGAUGUUCCUCAUAUUCUUCGAAGGUCUCUUGGGAGGUGCGUCUUAUGUUCACACCUUCAAAAAUAUUAUACAUGACGUUGACAUUUCGGAACGAGAGUUCUCGCUUGGAGCCGUUUCUAUGUCAGACUCAUUUGGUGUUCUUUUGGCAGCUUUCGCUGGCAUUGCUCUAGAACCGAGAUUAUGCUCGCACCAGGUCGAUACUGGAAGGCCAUGGUGCCUGAAAGAAUGA